CCUGGUGUGGCCCAUGGCUCUGAACUCCUGCUCCCUUUCUGUUGCAGCGGCCAUGAGCACAGAGGGACCCAGGUUCACCGGCUCUGCGGCCACCAGCCCCCUUGCCUUUCUCACAGCUCCAGGCGCUGCUGCGGGGACCGCGGCAGAGGCAGCCAGCCCCGUCCCGGUGCUGGUGGUCCUGGCCUGCAUCUUCCUCGUGCUGGCCACCUGUCUGCUGUUCAUGGUGCUCUGCAAGCCGGCCGCGCUGGAUCCACGCCGCCGCGGCGCCCGCGAGUGCAUGCCCCACCACCCCGGGAGCCCCAGCGAGCCCCAGCUGCGCCUCUGGAGGCGUCUGGGAUCCCUGCGCCGCUCUCUGCGCACCUUCAGCUUCCGCCGGGGCCGGCCCGCCGCCCCUCGACGUCCCCUGCCGGCCUGCGACUGGGGCUGCAAGGAAUCCACCAAGAUGUGA